AUGGGCGUAGUGCCGGACCAGGGCCCCUCAGCGAUCUCAGCGCUUGUCAUUGAAGAUCUGCAGCUGAUGCGGCACAUUCUCAAGAAUUGUGAAACUUGUCUCAAUGAGGCGGAGUCCGUCACUUUUGUGAAACCUCUAGAGGAGCAAUCUGGACCCGCUGAGACGUGGUCCCCAUCUUCCGAAAUAAACAAGGCCACAUCACCAGUGAAGCUAGAGGCUGUGGAUUUGCCUACUGAGGACGAGGUAAUUGAAGCGGUAGCGGAUCCAGACUCGACAUCACCUGCUGAUGGCGAUUUAGGAAUCGAUGGUGACAAUAUAUUCACUGGUGGACUGGAUCUGAAGACAGUAUGUCUUUUUUAA